GCCGAAGUGAGUUUGUUCACAAAUGCCCAAUGACUAUUCGGGAAUGAGUUAGCUAUUAGGACAAGAAAGACUAGAGCACCAGCUGAAUGGUGGGCUGCAUAUGGAGCUUCAGCUCCAAAUUUGCAAAAGUUUGCAAUGAAAGUCCUCAACUUAACAUGCAGUGCAUCAGGUUGUGAACGGAAUUGGAGCAUCUUUGAAAAUAUUCAUAGCAAGAGGAGAAAUAGGUUAGAUCAUCAACGCUUGAAUGAUUUGGUGUACAUUAAGUAUAAUCGAGCCUUGAAGAGAAGAUACAAUGAACGUAACACCAUUGACCCAAUUUCCUUGAAAGAUAUAGAUGAUAGCAAUGAAUGGUUGAUAGGGAGAAUGGAAGAUGAGGAUUCUCAUGGAGGUGCACAAGAUGAUUUUGUAUUUGAUGAUGACAAUUUGACAUGGGGUGAUGUUGCUAGAGCUGCUGGAGCUGAGGAGGCUAGGUUUGAUACUAGAGCUAGAGCUAGAGCAAGCUCAAGCAUAAUACCACCAACAAGGGGGAUAGCUUCAAGUUCUAGAACUUUGCCUUCUCAUUCACUAAUAGAUGAAGAUGAAGAUGGAGGCAUGGUUGAUUCAGCAGAUGAAGAAGAUGGAGAAGGCUACAAAUGUGGUGAUGGAAAUGAUGAUGAUGAUGAUUUUGUUGAUUUAGAGGAGGAGUGAUGAUUGCUUGUUGUGGACAAAUUUGUGAUUUAAUUGUUUUUUAAUGAUGUUUUUGAAUUGUGGACAAAUUUCAUGUUUUGGACCUUUAGGUUUGGAAACUUUGGAUUUGGAUAUGUAUUAGGCAAUUAGCAAUAUGGAUUUGGAUUUGUUUUUA